GUGUGCGGUGCCGUGCGCAGGCGCGGAGGGCCCGGGUGGGCCCGGUGUCGCCAUGGCCUCCUGAGGCCCUCAGCGCCCCCGCGCCGGUGCCGGCGCCCGCGGGGCAGCGGGGCAGGGCCCGACCCGACCCCUCCCCUCCUCACCCCGACGAGCUGAGCCUAGCCCAGCCCAGCCCAGCCGAGUCCCGCCUGCUCGCCCGCCCGCACGCCGGGAGGUCUCUUGGCUUGUGGGUGACUCUCUAGCAAUCCCAACUGGAACCUCAUACCAAAAGGCACCAUGAUAGUGAUGACUGACAUCACUGCAGCCCCCAGAUUGGGGUCAACUGCCACUACUCCAGCUGUGGGUCCCAACUUCUCCUGGAUGCCGGAGGAUGGCAGCCCCACGGCUGUGGAGCAGCCAAUAUUCCUCAUGACCACCGCUGCUCAGGCCAUCUCAGGUUUCUUUGUAUGGACAGCUUUGCUCAUCACCUGCCAUCAGAUCUACAUGCACCUUCGCUACUAUAGCUGCCCAAAUGAACAGCGCUACAUUGUUCGGAUCCUCUUCAUUGUGCCCAUUUACGCCUUUGACUCAUGGCUCAGUCUCCUGUUCUUCACCAAUGACCAGUACUAUGUUUACUUUGGCACAGUGCGGGACUGCUAUGAAGCCUUUGUAAUAUACAACUUUCUCAGCCUCUGCUAUGAGUACUUGGGAGGGGAGAGCUCCAUCAUGUCUGAGAUCAGAGGGAAACCAAUUGAGUCCAGCUGUGUUUACGGGACUUGCUGCCUGUGGGGAAAGACCUAUUCGAUUGGAUUCCUGAGGUUCUGCAAACAGGCAACCCUGCAGUUCUGUGUGGUGAAGCCCCUCAUGGCGAUCAGCACAGUCAUCCUUCAGGCCUUCGGCAAGUACCAGGAUGGUGACUUUGACGUAAGCAGUGGCUACCUCUAUGUGACGAUCAUCUACAACAUCUCUGUCAGCCUGGCGCUGUAUGCCCUCUUCCUUUUCUACUUCGCCACACGUGAGCUUCUCAGUCCCUACAGCCCAGUCCUCAAGUUCUUCAUGGUGAAGUCUGUCAUAUUCCUGUCCUUCUGGCAAGGGAUGCUGUUGGCCAUCUUGGAGAAGUGUGGUGCCAUCCCCAAAAUCCACUCUGCCAGCGUGUCUGUAGGUGAAGGCACAGUAGCUGCUGGGUAUCAGGACUUCAUCAUUUGCGUGGAGAUGUUCUUUGCAGCCAUCGCCCUGCGCCAUGCCUUCACAUACAAGGUGUAUGUGGACAAGAGACUUGAUGCCCAAGCUGUUCCAUCAUAUGGGCCAUACGGUCGCUGUGCUCCCAUGAAGAGCAUCUCCAGCAGCCUCAAGGAGACCAUGAACCCCCAUGACAUUGUCCAAGAUGCGAUCCACAACUUCUCCCCAGCCUACCAGCAGUACACCCAGCAGUCAACGCUGGAGCAUGGUCCACCGUGGCGCAAUGGCAGUCACGUUAUCUCACGCUCCCACAGCUGCUCGGGUGCCCGUGACAAUGAGAAGACCCUCUUGCUGAGCUCUGAUGAUGAGUUCUAGGAGAAACUGCCAGCACAGGCUGUGAUUUUCCGUCUUCUGUUGUUUUUUUUUUUUUUUUUUUAAUUUAUUGAAGCAGAAACGUGCAAGCCGUAUCACUUCCUAGAGAGUGCAGGUUGCAGAAGUGGGCGCUUGCCAUUAGCUUUUGUGGGUAUGGACAUGAUGAGCAGUGCAGAGGUGGGGGAAUGGCCAGGACUCCAUCCUCGAGGCCAUUCCGUACAGCAGCAAUCACCUGGAAUUAAUUGAAGCAAAGCUCCAGGGUUUAGGGCUCUGGCCUCCCACACCUGCCCAGCUUGGUGUGGAGCGUGACUGGCCAGAGCCCAGAGUUGUGGCCAAAAAUGGUUUGGUUGGGUUUUUUUCUUUUUUCUUUUUUUUGGUUGGGUUUUUUUUUUCUUUUUUCCCAACUGGACAAUGCAACUGCUUUGUAUUCCUCUUCCUGACUGGUUGAUAUAGGUACAGCUUGCUCCCCAAUACUAACAUCUCUGUGAUCCUUGGGAAAUGGGAUUAGGAUUUGGCCAUAAGCAUUCCUGAGGACCAGACCAGACAUUGGUCCCUCUGUAGCCAUCGCCUUGAAUACUUAGCAAGGAACAUCUGCCCCCACCCUCCUAAGCACCUGGUUGUGCAGUCCUGUACUUGAGUGAACGAGGGGAAAAAGGACAGGACUUUCUUCCUCUUCUUCCACUCCCUGUGUCCCCCUGCUCCCCAUCAAAGCUGAUGCUUGUUGAAGCUCAGCAGGGAUGGAAUUACUGUCUCACAAGGGUGGGGUUUUCUAAUCACCAGGAGUCCAAGCUUCUCAUCUCCCCUGUGUUCCUGUGGCAAGAAGCCUCCCUGGAGUGUCUGUCUCCUGCUAACAAGACUGAGGACUGGCCAUGAUGGGUGGUGGAAGUUUGUAAAGCUCUGGCCCUUUCAUCCCUCUUUAGGAAAGGAAGAUAUAUAAACACUAAAAUGUUUCUAUUUCUUGUUUCCUGUCCCCCACCAACAUAGCUGCCCCUCUUAAAGGUGUGGAUUGCACCAGGUAGCUUUCAAAGCAGGUCCUGGUCUCUCAGAGCUAGCUCUCCCCAUGCUUGUCAUCACUGACUUCCCCUGUGAGCUGCACAAGCUUUGCCCUUUGGCUAGAAUAUUCAGGAAGGGAUGUUGCACACUCCUUUGCUUUUUAUCUCCAUAGCUGUUUGGGGCCAAACUGGAGCAGACUUGAAACCUGACAUGACCUGGCUGGUUAAAAUUAUCCCUCUUAGUUUCCCAGGCAGCAGUUGCUGCUGCUUCUGCACCCUUCACAGGCCCUGCAGCAAUAGUGAUGCUAUCAAGGGUGGAGCCAGCAUCCACAGGAGUGAGAAAAGCAGCUUCCCCUUGCUUUUGUUGGAUUUUGGAUUGGCCCCCAGGUAUUUAGUGGAGCCAAAAUAUAAAUGAUCCCUCUGUAGAUCUAUUCAGGGGCCAGGAAAUGCCUCUUGCUUGCUUAAAAUUGUCUAGGGGAGGAGGGGGGAGCACAUUCAAGUGCCAUAGAUCAGAUGCCCCUACUCCCAAGCAGGAUGCAAAAUGGAGAGGUUGGAGCAAGUCACUAUGUUCUUGGCUGUAGUUCCUCUGUUCCUCUCCCCCUUGAUGCCUGCCCUGCCAUCAGCAGACCUGCACGUUUCCAGAUUGCCCCUCAUUGCUCUGCUGGAAGAACUGGGGUCUGGUUUACUGUCUGGAGUUCACCUUUCCUCUUGUAUCCCGUUUUGUGUGCUUGCUAAUUCACUUUCUCAGAAGUGACUGUGAGCAAAGAACGCCUCAUUUCCUCAGCGCCCCUGCUGGAAUCUCGUGGUUGGGAGCAGGGGGAAAAGGGCUUGCUCCCUACUGUGAGGAUAAGAUGGGGGAAGGCGUAAGGACAGUGUCUCCUUCCAUACUUGCCACUUUGAGGGAGCUGGAUGGAAGCAGGGUCAGUGGAUCCAGCAGCAGAGAAGCUGCUGGAUUUCCCCACUUACAUCCCGUGAUGCCACGCAGUUAGUUACUGCUUUUCCUAAAUCCGUCGCUGCUUAAAUGGACAUGCAAAUACUGUCUGCCAGGCUUUGUGUGGGCUUGGUGUAAAACUCCUUUUCCUCAUGCUGUAAGCUGCCGGGAAAGCAAGGCUGAAGAUUGAAUGGCUUCCAUCUUCCAUGGCUUUGAUUAAUAGUCCUUUAGCGUGACGUAUUUAUUUUAAACUUCCCCUCUCUGUUAGUGGGGCGUGGGACAUGAUCCCUUCCUCCCCAAGGCAUUUGUAGGCCUUGAUGAUGUCCCAGUGUCACUUAAUUGGUGACUGUCCCCAAUCUUUGUUGGGUGGCCAAGAUCUGAAAUCUCUGGGAUUGCCCCGCUGAAAGUGACUGGGGCUUGGGGACGCAUUUUUUAAAAAUUACUUUGAAAUGUGUGCUGCAUAUUUAUGCUGUGCAGGGGAUCUGGAUAUUCUUAAAGCUUCCUGUAUGUAGUGGUUUAAAGUGUAACCCUUUUGCACUAGCUGCCUUUGAAAAAGCCUGAUGAAGAACUAGCACCCAAACAACAGCCAGCUGCCAUGCAUUAUAAUUUUUAUAUAUAUGAAUAUAUAUAUAUAUUUUUUAACACCACACAAAAUCAUCUCUGAGCUUCCUGCUCUCCCUCACAACAGGUAAGUGCCAGAGGAAGGACUGAUUCUGAAGCCAGUCUGGCUUGGUGGAACAAAUACAAGACCCAGAGCUUGAGACCAAGGCAUCCCUGGUCUGGCAGGUCUAUUUGCAGUAGCUCAGGGCCUCAACAAAUGUGUUGGUUCCAGGAGUAGGCCCUUGGAGCUGCUCUCCCUCACCUGCUUCCCUUCUUCCUUCCUUCCUUCCUUCUUGUUUACCAUGUAACAUACCCAUGGGACUUGUUUAUUAUUUUUCCAUAUAGAGUAGUUCUUUGUAUAUAAAUGAAAAAAAUGUAUGAUAAAUAAGACAGAGUCACCUAGUUUUGUACCUAUCGUGUUUAACUGACGUGAGCUCAGCGACAAGCCGCUCUCUCUAUUUUGGUCUUUGUGACGUUAUACUCUGCAGAAAUGAGCAAAUAUGAUGACAAAUAAAAAUAUAGAGAUAAUAUAGAUUGUA